AAGCUAAAAUAUACGAAGCAGAGAUCCAGAAGCUUAUAGAUGGUGGGUGUGUCACAAAGCUCCAGGAGGGAGAGGGAAACCGCUCCACUUCUCCCAGGUCCAACCCUCGGCCCAUCUCUCAUCGGGGUCCUCCUGCGGUUCCGCCAGCACGCUGUCGCCAUCAGUGGAGAUAUCCGAGCCAUGUUCCACCAAGUUCGGCUUCUACCGGAGGACCAGCCGUUGCUGAGGUUUGUUUGGAGAAACCUGCAAAGGCAGAAACAGCCUGACGUAUACCAAUGGCAGGUGUUGCCAUUUGGUACCACGAGCAGCCCGUGUUGUGCAACAUUUGCUCUGCAAAAACAUGUUAAAGAAUGUGCUGCAGGAAAUGAAGACGUCCUGCAGUCCAUCGAACAGUCUUUCUACGUGGACAACUGUCUGCAGAGCCUGUCAACGACUGAGUCAGCCAAGCUCCUGGUGGACAAGAUGCGACAAUGUCUGGCCUCAGGAGGAUUUGAGAUUCGACAGUGGGCAAGUAACUUCUCAUGUGUUGUCUCCCACUUGCCUUCCAGUGCCCAAUCUGAAAGUACAGAGCUGUGGCUGGCCGAGAAGAGCAACGAUCCACAGGAGCCGGCCCUUGGUCUGCGGUGGUAUUGUCCAUCUGAUCGGCUCGGUUUCAAGCCAAAGCCUCCAGAGAGUGAGACCCCUACUAUGCGGUACAUCUAUAAGGUACUCGCCCGCCAGUAUGAUCCGAUCGGGAUCAUUAUCCCGUACACUACACGGGCCAAGAUUCUUGUCCAGAGACUGUGGGCAAAGAAGAGGAGCUGGGACGACCCGAAUCUCCCUCCUGACAUCCUCCAGGCCUGGUCCAGCUGGGAGAGAGAACUCCCCGAGCUGGCCAACAUCUCCCUCCCUCGAACCUAUGCACCAUUGGAGCUUGCUACUGACACCACAGAGUACACUCUCCACGUCUUCUGUGACUCCUCUGAGCAAGCCUACGGGUCAGUGGCAUAUCUCACCACAAGAACUAAUGACACUGUCUAUGUCUCAUUUGUGAUGGCAAGGUCUAGAGUGGCCCCAAAACGCCAGCAGUCAAUGCCACGGUUGGAGCUCUGUGCCGCGCUGACAGGAGCCCAGCUGUCCUCCCUCCUUCACAAAGAGCUCACCUUGUGUAUUGCCCAGACCUUCUUAUGGACUGACUCCACAACAGUUCUCACCUGGCUGACAUCUCAGUCGUGCAGGUUCAAGGUUUUUGUGGGAACAAGGGUUUCUGAGAUCCAGGAGCUGACUGCCUCACACACCUGGAGGUAUGUGGAUACAGCUAACAAUCCGGCCGACGAUCUCACCCGUGGCAAGACGUUAGCUGAGCUGGCUGCGCCAAAUCGUUGGAUCCAGGGACCAGCAUUCCUUCGCCGUCCACCGGAUGAAUGGCCAUCAUGUCCUAGCAUCACAGAGCCAGAGGACCGUGGUGAGUUAAAACACAGUGUUUUUUGUGCUCUCACACAGACCAGCCCACCACCCAAGAUACCAGAUCUCACCCGAUUCAGCAGCUGGAGAGAGUUGGUCAAGGCUACGCAACAGUCUCUUCAUGGGGCGGCAGCUGACCCUGCUUCACCUCUGUGUGACCUAAGAGAUGCUGAAGUCCACCUGCUCAAAACCAGCCAAGCAGACGGCUUCUCUGAAGAAAUCAGAUGCCUCAGAGCCGGCAAGCCUGUACCACCCAGCAGCAGGCUGAGUACGCUCGCCCCAGAAUUAGACCCUACAUUGGGUCUUAUACGGGUUGGAGGACGCCUGCGCCGUUUAGACAGCUCUAGCCCCACUGACAUUCACCCAAUACUGUUGGAUCCCCGUCAUGCAGUCACCACACUCCUCAUUAAAGAGAUGGAUGCUCAGCUACACCACCCUGGACCUGAUAGGGUGUUUGCAGAGAUGAGGCGCUACUACUGGGUUCUGCGAGGAAGGCAGGCUAUCAAGAAGUAUCAGAGAGCUUGCACUGGUUGCAUGAAGUGGAGAGGGAAGCCAGUGGUGCCUAGGAUGGCAGACCUGCCCUCAGCCCGUCUGCGGCUGCUCAAACCUCCAUUCUUCUCAACAGGCGUGGACUGCUUUGGGCCGUACAUGGUCAAGGCUGGGAGGCGAAGUGAAAAGCGCUGGGGGAUCAUUUUCAAAUGUCUCACGACGAGAUGUAUACAUCUGGAUCUACUCACCAGCCUCGACACAGAUGCUUUCCUCCUCGCACUGAGACGGUUCAUCGCACGGAGAGGCACUCCCUUUGAGGUCCUCUCUGACCAAGGGACUAACUUCCGAGGGGGAGAUAAGGAGCUGAAGGAGGCAUUUGCAGCAAUGGAUUCACAGUUGCAGGAGAGGCUUGCAGAAAAACAGAUUAAGUUUCGUCUUAACCCGCCAGCAUCUCCCCACUUUGGUGGUGUCUGGGAGCGUGAGAUCCAAUCAGUCAAGAAAUCCCUACAAGUGGUCAUAGGUGCACAAGUGCUCCAAGCAGAGGUUCUGCUCACACUCCUCAUCGAAGUGGAAGGCAUCCUCAAUGCCAAGCCUUUAGGAUACGUAUCCUCGGAUGUGGCUGAUCCAGACCCAGUGACGCCCAGCAUGUUGUUGAUGGGGCGGCAGGAUGCCUCUCUUCCACAAGUUACCUAUGCCCCUGACACCCUCACCAGGAGGCGCUGGCGUCAUUGCCAGAUGAUGGCCGACCACUUCUGGACACAGUUUAUCAGGAACUACUUGCCCUCUCUUCAAACCCGCCAGAGAUGGCGCCAACACACAGAUCAUCUCCCCCUGGACACAGUUGUGAUGAUUGUUGAUCCUCAGCUUCCACGUGCUCACUGGCCAAUGGGGAGGGUGGUAAAGUUGAAUGCAAGUGAUGAUGGAUGUAUACGGACUGCUGAAGUCAAAGUUGGCAAGAAGACUUACCUGAGACCAGUUGCUCGGCUGGUCCAGCUGUCAGCUCUUCCUGAAGAUAAUCCUGGUUAA